CCUCACCACCCGACAUUCACUCCCACCGUCUUCUCCACUACGUCUCGCCGUUGCUCGCUGCACUGCCCUUCCGAGCCCUCCGCGUCCAUCCCACACCUCGUCGUGUGUCGCUCUCUCUCACCUCAUCAACAGGUGACCAUUGCUGCCGGCCCGAUAUAGCUGCCGCCCUCGAGUCAUCCAACUUUGCUCGACAUCUUCCACCAUUUGCACCAUUUCCAGCAUUUGCACCACUCCCGCUCACUCUUCACCAUGACGACCGAACUCGACUGGUCCCACGACUUCUGCCUCUCCUGCGACCGCCAAAUCGCCGAGGGUGCAUACUGCUCGCAGGCCUGCCGCCUCGCCGACCUCGAGAAGGCGGGCACAUCAGAGCCCCAGACGCCCAUGAACUUCUCCUCGUCCGCUGCUUCGUACGCAUCGUCGAGUGCUGGCUUCUAUCUCCCGCCCGCAGUCAAUUUUGCGGCGUACAAAUCCACCUCUACGAGGCUCGAUUCGGCCCCAACUAGUCCCAGCUACUACUCCACCUCCACCACCCUAAGCUCCUACUUCCACACCCCGGCGUCCACUGGCUACGCCUCGGCGUCACCACCAAAGCGAAGCUUAUCACCCUCAUCGUCUCGGUCUUCGCUUUCUUCCAUCACCUCCACGCAGCCCACGCAGGGCCUCUCUGCCCAGGCCGCCCACGAGCUGAAAGGCUACGUGAGCGCCUUCGACCAGACUCGUGACCGCAAACGGCGGCAAACCCAUCACUAAGGGGCUCCUCCUGG